AGCCGUCAAAGAACCCGAGUUUAGUUGAGUGCUGCGGAAUAGUAGAAAUAGUAAAUACUCAAAGUACUUGGGUCAAUUAAAAUUUAAUUUUUAAUCUAGUUUGUACAAACAAUCUCCGGUCCCGGUUGUGGGCAGUGCAUCAACGCUGCAGCGCAUUCCCCUCAAGUGCAGUAAAAGCAGUGAUAAUCAGCACCGCAAUAUCAAACCCAUUAUCAGCAUAAUAAUGACGGAAUUCCAAACCAAGUACAACAUCAUAGAUGAGAAACCGCCUUACAAUGCUCCCCUCAAAGCCCAAUAUAAGCGAGGCUUCGCGUUCUACACGAUGAAGGAACGCCUGCCGGUCAUCCUGACGCAGGUGAUCGAUCAGCUUUCCAAGGACAAAGAGCAAAUCGUGCAGCACUUUGGCGAGGUAUCGCGCGAAGAGCUCAAGACAGCGAUCGGUGAAAUCUCCAAACUCAAGUACGAACUGCAAACGGAUAAGGAGUUUGUGCCGAUUGCUAGCGAGCUGGGCGACGAGCAGGUAUGGAACGAGUUUAUCGCUGGAAUGGGCAGCGAUAAUAGCUACUACUCGGCUUGCUGGUUGUAUGCGGAGACCUAUAUGUACCGGCGGUUGAAUAACAUUUUCGAGAGCACUACCACGCUGAAGAAGUUGGAUUACUUUCAACAGCAGAAAAACAAGGCUUUAACAAAUUCUUACGACGCCAUGGGUGCCGUACUACAAUCAAUAGAACAUUUCAAUACUGAUAAGGCUAGCAAAAGCGAGGCGGAAAUUGGAGAUUUCUUUCAGAAGAUGCUUAAGCUUAAUCUCUGGGGCAACAGGUGCGAUCUCUCCCUAACUGCCGGUCAGGACUAUCAUCAGGACGGCGAUCCCAUAAGCUUAGUGGAGGCCUGCAACAGUUUUAUCGUUAGCGAUCACAGCUCGAUCGUGUGGGAUCAUGUGCGGCAGCUUAAAUCCGCGGAUCACGUUGUGAUCGAUAUCAUCAACGACAACUCCGGCUACGAGCUGUUUACCGAUCUCUGCCUGGCGGACUUCAUCAUCGAGCACGGGCUGGCGUCGCGGGUGAAUUUCAACGUGAAAGCGAUCCCGUGGUACAUCUCGGACGUCACGCCCAAGGACAUGCAGUGGACGUUGGAUACGCUGAAAGCGCAUGAGAACCCCCAUCUGUCGGCGUUCGGUCAUCGGUUGCAGUCCCGAUUCGAUACCGGAACGCUUUACCUGAAGGAGGUCAAUCAUUUCUGGACGUCCCCGUACGAGUUCCACCGCAUGCGGGACAUUGCCCCGGCCUUGUACGAAGAGCUCGCCCACUCCCAUCUGUUGAUCUUCAAGGGCGAUCUAAACUACCGGAAACUCCUGGGGGAUUUCAACUUUCCGUAUACGACUCCAUUCCGGGACGCUCUACGGGGAUUCCAUCCGACUGCCCUGUGCUCGCUGCGAACGGUGAAGGCGGACCUGAUUUGCGGACUGACGGAAGGGCUUUCGGACAAACUGGACGCCAAGGACGAAAACUGGAUGACAACCGGCGAGUACGGCGUGAUCCAGUUUACGCAGAAAUAAGAGGAAGUGCAAUCGUUUUUUUGAGUUUUUGAUUUGGAACAAAACAUUUUAGUGUUGUUUAUUUUUCUAAAUUUCAUGGUUUGUUUGAAAAACCUGUUUUCAAAAUUUUAUAACAAAUUUAGAUAUAUUUGUUGGUGAGUUAUGUGUCUCUCUUUGUAACUAGUUAGACGGUCAAAUUUCGAAUGUAAAAGUUACGUGCUUGUCAGUGCAAAUAAAUUACUAAUAUAAAUACCAGA